UGGGGCUCGGGGACAUCGCAGGAGAGGUGUUCCACUUCAGACGGGCGCAGAGCCAUGUGUAUAUAAAGCCUGGGGCAGCAGACCGGCAGGGUUGUUUAGCACAACCACACCUCGGCUCACUUGGCUGCACGGCCAGGCACUGCCGGAGCGCCGGCAGCUGAACCCGAAGUACCCAAGUGUGGGAGCGAUCUGCCGAUGGGCCCCCGCCUGCUGCUGGUUCUGGCGCUGCUUCAGGCAGUUUGGAAAGGUGCUCUGGGAAAGUCCCAUUCACUGCACACUCGAGGAAUCAUUGAACUGGCUGGAGCCAUAACGUGUGGCACGGGACGGUCUCCCUUGGCAUAUAUUGGCUAUGGGUGCUACUGUGGACUAGGAGGACGAGGCUGGCCUAAAGAUAAAACAGACUGGUGCUGCCACAGGCAUGACUGCUGCUAUGACACAGCAGAGAAGGAAGGCUGCAACCCCAAGGUGCAGCGCUACCAGUGGGCGUGUGAGCAGAACACUGUACGGUGCGAUAACCUGACAGACCGAUGUGAAAAAAUGGUGUGCCUGUGUGACCAAGAAGCAGCCAAGUGCUGGGGAGCAGCCCCAUACAAUCCUCACUUCAUCCUCUGGCCAGACUUUUUAUGCGGACAGACUCAUCCCACCUGCCAUGUCAGAUAUGGAGGGCCAGAAUAGUAUUUUUAGGACCUUUCUUCGCACAAUUUGAACUUGAAGGUGGUGGAAUAAAAUUUUUCCUCAUUUUCCAGAUCUAACAA